AUGUCUACUCUUCAGUUCUGGAAACCUGGCACAGUCGGUCCUGGAAGCUCCCUUGACAGAGCCACCGAAGCCGAAGAAAACGUUGUUCCAUCUGCACCAUUUACUUCUUCUCUCUCAAUACAAGGGGCUCGUGAACGUCUACCUAUAUUCAAACACAGAGAGAAGUUGCUCUACUGUGUCGAGAAAUAUGGUGCUGUCAUAGUUGUAGGACAAACCGGCUGUGGGAAAACAACUCAACUCCCACAGUAUCUACACGAAGUCGGCUGGUCCACAGAUGGCAAUAUCAUUGCAUGUACACAGCCCAGACGUGUCGCUGCAACUUCGGUCGCAGGCCGUGUUGCAACAGAAGUUGGGACUCUGCUCGGCGAUGAGGUGGGGUACACCAUUCGCUUUGAGGAUGUGAGCGACAAAGAGCGGACGCGAAUACUGUACAUGACAGAUGGAAUGCUCUUCCGGGAGACGUUGGUCGACCCGUUACUUAGCCGUUAUAGCGUGAUCAUGAUUGAUGAAGCUCACGAACGAAGUGUCUACACAGAUUUAAUGCUGGGAAUUCUGAAGAAGAUACGCCGGAAAAGGCCUUCGCUCAGACUUAUCGUCUCUUCGGCGACGUUGGAUGCUACUUCUUUUUUGGAUUAUUUUGCAGCCGGAAAUUCUCCAGGCGAGGCUACCAUUGUGAGUCUAGAGGGCCGCAUGUAUCCCGUGCAAGUAGCCUACCUGCAAGAACCAGUAUCAGACUAUGUGCGUAAGGCUGCGGAGGUCGUAUGGAAUAUUCACAUGCAGCAAGGUUCUGGGGAUAUCCUCGUUUUUCUUACCGGUCGGGAAGAGAUAGAUCAUUGUCUGGAAGAACUCUCUGAGAUGCUGCCGAGCUUACCUCAGAACGCUAUGAGGCUAAGGUUGCUUGCGUUGCAUGCAGGUCUCACGACCGAUGAGCAAAUGAGAGUUUUUGAGCCAUCUGAACGUGGCAGCCGCAAAGUUAUCGUGUCCACCAACAUAGCCGAGGCGAGCGUCACGAUCGACGGCAUAAAGUUUGUGGUGGACUCUGGCUUUGUCAAAAUUCGCACGUACAAUCCGACGACCUCUUUGUCAUCUUUAGCAACUGUUCCUAUCUCCUCCGCGUCAGCUACACAACGUGCCGGCCGAGCGGGGCGCACUUCCUCAGGCAUAUGCUAUCGCUUGUACCCCAAGAGCGCGUUGGACAGCAUUCCUCUGACCACUCAGCCGGAAAUCACUCGUACAGAUCUAACAACGCCCAUCUUGCAACUCAAAUCCCUCGGCAUCGAUGACCUCAUGAAGUUUGAAUGGGUCACCGCUCCGCCUGCUAAGAGUGUCCUUCGAGCUCUGGAGGGGCUUGUCGCCGCUGGAAUGAUAGGUGAAGAUGGCCGGUUGACCGUGACUGGAGAAAAAGUCGCCGAGUGUCCGGUCGAGGUUAACAUCGCGCGAAUGUUGUUCACAUCCAAAGACUACAACUGUGGUGAAGAAAUCCUGACGAUUGCCGCUAUGACAGCUGUUCAGGAUGUCUUCGUAAUACCAGAUGGUGCAGCUGGCGCUCUAGCCGAGUUGGAGCGCAGGAAAUUCACGGCUGAGGAAGGGGACCACCUUACUUUGUUGAAUGCGUACAAUGCUUUCACAAGAUAUGGUCGCUCCUCAUCUUGGUGCAAAUCACACGCGCUAUCGUUCCGGGCCAUGUCUCGCGCCGUCUCUAUCAGAUCACAGCUAAAGAAGUACAUGCAACGAUUCGGGCUCCCACUGGAGAGCUGCGAAGGGGAUGCGAAACGUCUCCGAAAAUGUCUCGUCAGUGGAUACUGGCGAAAUGGUGCGCGGUGGGUCGCAGAUGGUACUUAUCGCUCUGUCAGAGGAAACACAACUUUGCACGUACAUCCCAACUCGGUGCUGUUCACGAGGAAGCCGCGUUCGGGCUGGGUGGUCUUCCAUGAGAUGGAAGAAACGAAGAAAACUCAAAUCCGCAUUCUGACUGAGAUAGAAUCCGACUGGCUUCUGGAGUACGGCCACAAGUACCAUGACAAACGCACUGGCGCCGCUGUAUCAUCUCAGUGA